GCGGGUGUCCCCACGGCGGCGGGCGUAGAGAGCGGCCCGCGUGCUCUGCUUCUCCCGCUGCCGGCAGCCGCCGCUGGGGCAGCACAGCUGUUACAGAGCCUCACUGGUCCCUCCUCCCAGCUGCGGCUGCCUCAUCUCCCCCCACCCAGCCCGUCCCUCCCCUCCGCCGCUCCCGACGCUGCCGCCGCCGCCACCUCCUCCUCCCCACCCCCACCCUCUCUCUUUCGCUCCCCAUCUCUCUCUCUCUCUCUCUCCGUCCCGUUCCCCCCUGCCCCCGCCUUUCCCCGCCCUGCAGCCGCCGGCCCUGGCAGAGCAGGCACCACCGGGGGAUCUCGAUGUAACACCAUGACAGGCAUCGCCGCCGCCUCCUUCUUCUCCAACGCCUGCAGGUUCGGGGGCUGCGGGCUGCACUUCCCAACCCUGGCAGAGCUCAUCGAGCACAUCGAGGACAACCACAUCGAUACGGACCCACGUGUAUUAGAGAAACAAGAACUUCAGCAGCCAACCUAUGUUGCUCUAAGUUACAUUAACAGAUUUAUGACUGAUGCAGCUCGACGUGAACAGGAGUCUUUGAAGAAAAAGAUUCAGCCGAAACUCUCUUUGACUUUAUCAAGCACAGUGUCCCGUGGGAAUGUAUCUACUCCACCUCGCCACAGCAGUGGAAGCCUUACUCCUCCAGUCACCCCUCCAAUCACUCCAUCUUCUUCAUUUCGCAGUAGUACUCCUACAGGUAGUGAAUAUGAUGAGGAGGAAGUAGACUAUGAAGAAUCAGACAGUGAUGAGUCCUGGACCACAGAAAGUGCUAUCAGCUCUGAAGCUAUCCUUAGUUCAAUGUGCAUGAAUGGAGGGGAUGAGAAACCUUUUGCCUGUCCUGUUCCUGGAUGUAAAAAAAGAUAUAAGAAUGUGAACGGUAUAAAGUACCAUGCCAAGAACGGCCACAGGACGCAAAUCCGCGUACGCAAACCCUUCAAAUGUCGCUGUGGAAAGAGUUACAAGACAGCUCAGGGCCUGCGGCACCACACAAUCAAUUUCCAUCCCCCCGUGUCUGCCGAGAUUAUCAGGAAGAUGCAGCAAUAACAUGCUGGUCACAAAUGUGCCAAGAAACCCUCACCAGCAGUUGCUGAUUUUGAGAACAGCCACCUUUUCCAGGGGAAGCAUUCAGCAACCCUUUAAAAAAGAAUUAAAUGCAUGCUUUAAAAUUUUCUGUAAUUUUGGAAUGAUGUAUCUUUGUAGAGUUAAUGAUUUUGUACAUUUGCACAUGUAAUCGUCAUACCCAUUUUCAUUACUUUGAGAUAAGGUGCUAUAAAAGCUAUAGGUUCCUCAGAACAUUCUUCUGUAAAACCAAGGAAAGCCACGCCGGCGGGAGCGAGAGGAGGCGAGCUUGGCACUGACGUCCUUCCCAGAUUGUGACGUGAUGGAGACUCUCGAUGCAUCUGUCAAUGUGUGUGCAAAAACCAAAACAACACCACCCUCGUCAAACUAUCGUUAACAUGCCUUACAUAAUGGAGUUAUCCGUGGAGUAGCAAGUCUUCUAGGUAAUGGAAAUAUAAAUAAGAAAGAAUGUUUAACAUAAUAUGCUAAAAAUAUUUUCAUACUUAAAUAACAUACAUAAAAGGUGUGCUUGCUGUAUUUUAUAUUAUCUUGCAAAUCUUUUGUUUUCUCCUUCUUGAAAUGCUGAAAAAAAAAAACCCUUGCCAUUGGAAUUAGUAAACAAUCACUUUAGUGUUAGAAAUUCCUACUUUCUUUUUUGUACAAGAUGUCAUGUUACUUUCACGCCCAUCAGACUUUUGAGGACCAAUCACCCAGUGCAACUAAACAACUACCCCUGAACUAUCUGUUAGAAAGACACUUGGAAAUACUUAAGUGCAAAUUUAUGUGUGUGUGAGAAACAAUUGCCUUCAUCUCAGAUGAAGUUUUAAAGCACUUUGUAGUUCUCUAUUGCCAACAGUUUUAAUGUUUUAUGUGUUGCCAAUUCUUGCAGCUCCCGUAGGAGCAGGUGCCCGUGGCUGCGAAGGGAAGCGCGGCGUUGCGCGGGGCGAGGAGAGCGGCGCCUGGGCCAAGGGAGCUUCUAACGCUGCUCCCUCACCUGCGGCGCCUUUGGAGAUUUGCUUUGUGCAUUUUUUUUUGCUUCUCGUUGUAGGUCACUGCAUUCCAUUGGGAAGUGUCUGUUUAGCUUUACCAUUAAUUUUGCCGAAAUAUGACAUAUGAGCCUUACUGAAGAUUUAAGUGCUUCUUGCAGCAGGUGGUCAGAGACUGACUUAAAACAAAAGCCUACACAAGAGCUUCCUGUCUAGAGCAGACCUGAGCUGUUGUUGCUCAGCAUCCUGCCUUGAGCCCUCCUCUCCCCCCAAGGGGAGCCGAGGCCAGGAGGGCAGCUGGGGGGUGCUUGCGCCUGCCCCGGCCCCUGCAGCACAGGCUGAGAGGGAGAGAGAGGGAGGAACAGGCUGUGUUAAACACAGCCCUGCCUUUGCUCCAUUCCUGUUCUUCUACAUGCAAAAGAAAGCUCGAAGGAAGGAUGAAUGAGCUUUCCUGCUAUUUUUUCCCCCCCAAAGCUUUAAAGGAAAACUUUGUAAGGAUGACAGUUACCUGUUCUCCAGCAGAGUAGAAGUCUCACUGAAACACAUAGGAGUCACCCUCACCCUGCCCUGUGAGCAAAACGCCCCUUCCCCAGCUGCUGGGGAGGGGGCAGCGCCAGGCCCCGGGGAGGGUGACCCAAACAUGAGAGCUCCUACGAGGCGGGGGCAGAGGCAGAAGGCCCCAGGGAGCCCCUUCCACCUUCCGUAGUUCUGGCAACCAAUCUGGCCAGGAGACAGGUUUUGGCUCUGCUCUUAGUGCAAGAAAUGACAGGCUGGGUAAGUUCGUUCAACAGCUAAACAGUCGUAAAACGUCAUUGUUGCAUGUAAAUUCCUUCCAACUAUAAAAAUGAAAUUCCAGUUUCUAUUUACCUAUUCAUUGUGACAGUAUUAUUAAACAGGUAAAGAUGGGACUAUUUUGUUAUACUGUGUAUAGUGAAUGUAUUGUACUGUGUCUGUGAAAAGUGUGCUUUAAAUUAUAUUUUCAUAUGUUUUGUUGGGGACAAAGUACUUUAAGUUUGAAAGUGACAGAGGUUUGUUUUAGAACUGAAGGCAACUUAAAGAAUUCCUGUCAAGAAAGCUGCUUAUAAAUGUAAAUCAAAUCACAUUAAAAAUAAACUGCC